GCGGACUGCCAGAGCCGUUCUGCUGAUGCGAGUGCGAGCUGUGAGGACCUUCAGCCCUCCACAUCCACAUGCACAUCAGCAGUAGCUGACGCCAACAGGCCCACCCGCCGUGUCAGGCGCAGCGGCUCCAAGGCCCAACGCCGAGGAUCCACCACGCUGACAGCUUCCGUUCCAUCCAUGGCGGCGGCCGUCGUGCUCCCACCCAAGAUCGCCCUGCGGCGGCGCCAUCGGCUGCGCCUUCGGGCGGGACACAGCGCCACUGCUGCUGCCACUGACAAGACCCCUCGGGAGCAGCCGGAUAAGCCCGCUGCAUUGCCGGAGGAUCUGCUCCCGGCCGACGCCACCUCCACCUCCAGCACGGGCAAAAUCUCCUCCGCCGCCGUGUGCUGCGGCCUGCUGGCGCACUGCAGCGCUGCCCAGCUGCACGCCAUCCUGUGCGGGCUAGUGCAAGCCGUGGCAUCCAGCAGCGUCAAGGGCAACAAUCGGAAGCUGCUGCUGGGCUCCAAGCUGCGCAAGCUGCUGGAGGGCGUGGGCGUGGCGCCGGCCAACGGCAAAGCCUACACCGCCGCCGACGUGGCGGCACUCUCCGGCCCCAAGCUGGAGCGGCUGCGGGCCACGCUGAAGUCGCAGCCGGGACUGCUGCUGUGGUUCCUGCUGUUUACCGCGCCCGCUAAGCUGCAGGCGCUGCAGGCGGCGCUGCUGCCGGGCGGCGCGGGCGACAGGAGCUUCGAGGAGUGGCGCGCCGCGAUUGACGCUGUGGCCGGCAGCGGCCACGAGCAGCUGGCGGCGGCGCAGGAAGUGAGGGGCCGCCAGUCGGCGUGCGUUGAGGGCAGUACGGCCGGCAACACCGCCACCACCGCCACCAUCACCACCACCAACAACAACCCCGCCAGUCAUGGUGGCGUCUACACGGCGCUCACGGGCACCGAGGUUACCGGCAAGAAGCCCGCUGCAUUGCCGGAGGAUCUGCUCCCGGCCGACGCCACCUCCACCUCCAGCACGGGCAAAAUCUCCUCCGCCGCCGUGUGCUGCGGCCUGCUGCUGGCGCACUGCAGCGCUGCCCAGCUGCACGCCAUCCUGUGCGGGCUAGUGCAAGCCGUGGCAUCCAGCAGCGUCAAGGGCAACAAUCGGAAGCUGCUGCUGGGCUCCAAGCUGCGCAAGCUGCUGGAGGGCGUGGGCGUGGCGCCGGCCAACGGCAAAGCCUACACCGCCGCCGACGUGGCGGCACUCUCCGGCCCCAAGCUGGAGCGGCUGCGGGCCACGCUGAAGUCGCAGCCGGGACUGCUGCUGUGGUUCCUGCUGUUUACAUCGCCCGCUGAGCUGCAGGCGCUGCAGGCGGCGCUGCUGCCGGGCGGCGCGGGCGACAGGAGCUUCGAGGAGUGGCGCGCCGCGAUUGACGCUGUGGCCGGCAGCGGCCACGAGCAGCUGGCGGCGGCGCAGGAAGUGAGGGGCCGCCAGUCGGCGUGCGUUGAGGGCAGUACGGCCGGCAACACCGCCACCACCGCCACCAUCACCACCACCAACAACAACCCCGCCAGUCAUGGUGGCGUCUACACGGCGCUCACGGGCACCGAGGUUACCGGCAAGGCGGCGGCCAACAAGGAUCUGUCCCGCACCCGCACCACCAGCCACAGGAACCGGUGCGUGUCCGAGAGUGGCAGCACGCGCAACAAGAGCAGGAGUAGCAGCAGCAGGAGCAGCAGUACUCACAGCGUGGAGUACGCGGAGCCGAAGGCGGGCUGCUCCCAGCCCGCCGCCACCGUCCCGGGCUGCGUGCCUGAGAUCAUCAGCGCAGCUAUACCGCCGCUGGCUCCGCUAGCUCUGCACAUCCGGCGCGCCAUAGUGAAGGAGCUGCUGGAGGCCAGGCCGCCGGGCUGGAACACCUUUCUGUACUCCUGGCUGCAGGCGGCGGGGCUGUCCGAGUUCCUGCCGGCCAAUGGCACCUGCCGCAUGUACAUGGCAGACAGGAAGCAGCUCGUGCUCCGCGUGGGCGCGAUGCGCGAGGAGCAGGUGGACGCGUUCCUGACGUGCAUGUGCAAGGCGCACGGGCACAGCACGUGGCUCGCGCGCUACCUGCACAUGCUGGGGCCGGAGGUUUCGCAGCUGCUGUCCCAGGGUCGGUACAGCGACGAACUGCUGGCCGCGCUGCGGGCCGCCGGGCAGAAAACGCUGGCCGAUGCAGUCAUGGAGCACUUCUGGGGGCGGGACCCGGAUCCGGAGGACAGUGAGGCCGGCGAGAUGGAUGUCAAGCCGUGGGCGGAGCGCCUGGGACUGCUGAGGUUUGACAUGCUCGCGGAGCAGCUGAGGCUGCCGCCCAACGCCGACGGCUCCGUGAAGAACUUCAGCAACGGGCUGGUCUUCAAGGUCGACCCGCUAGAGGUGUGGAGCAAGUACACUGACGGAGAGCCGUCAGCAGGCGCGCUGAGUGGCAUGCGUGCCACCGACAAGGAGGCCCGCGACAAGCAGGUCAAGCAGCUUCGCGGCGUCCCGUUGCUGUACCUGUGGCGGAUAGGCGGCCGGGUGGUGUACGUGGGCAUGUCUGGGGGCUGGGUGAAGGGCAGUCGGAUAGCACGCUAUUUGGCAGAGGGCCCGGGAUUCAGCGAGUCGUCGAAGAUGCUGCCGUGGCUGACAGCCAUUGAUGAGGGCAAGGAGAUCGAGCUCCGGGUCAUCACGCUGGAGGGAUUGAAGGCAUUGGAGGGUAUGUCGGAGGGCAUGUCCGAGGAGGAGGUGCAGAAAAAGGUGCAGAAGAAGGUGAAGGAGCUCGAGAAGCACUUCCUGUGCCAUGUGGACUGCCCGUGCAACAAAGUUAACAACGGGUCUUACCGGGUUGAGACGCCCCGCCAGGGCCUCCUGGACAAACUCAAGGAGAAGUACAAGAUAAAAGUACGGCAACAAAGCGCAGGCCGGCAACCCCGCUGAGCAUCAGUCCAAGGAACAGCCCGAGUAGCCUGCUGAGGUCUCGCUUCAGAUGCGACAAUCCAAUUGCGGCGGGUCGCCAUUGCACCACGGGCCGUUGCGGUGGCGUGAGCGGGCUGCAUGUGGCACAAGCCGGGGCUUUCAGGCAGGUCAGAUAGAAUCAUGCACCCGCGGCAUGCGGUCAGCGCACAAGCGGAGCUGCGGCCAGUUUGCAUGCAGGGGCGCUGCCGCACAGGGCCAGGCGCGUGUACGGUUGCUGCAGUUGUGUGCUUUUGCGCAGCUCAUCACGUAGAUUAGGUGCGUGUGUGCAUUUGCGGGCUGAACGCGGUUGGAACGAUGUGCGGGGUAGUGCAUGAUUGCUGUGGACAGUUGCAUCUUACGUUUCUUUUAUUUCUUUGUACAACUGUGGGCCUACCUCUUACCGAGAUUGAGCGAAACGGGAUGCGUAGGAUGUGCGUGGCAAGCUGAUGGCGGGUGGCGGGUGUGCAACCAGUAUGUGCGGGCAAGGAGAGCGUGCUGCCCUUCACAUGGAUGUUCUCCUGGUGCCAAGUUGUGUAUCGUCUAUUGUGGGCCAUUGCCGUGUGGAGGCGCUUAUCCCUAGCUGGCAUGCGUGUGUUGUACCGGUAACUUGUAAGGCACAGACCGGCUGCAUGCAUAGCGGGCAGUUUUAGCAUGGCACGAAGACGCAUCCCGUUUGGUGUAGCCUUUGCUCACUGUGUUGAGGGGUUAGUGCGUCUGGUCGAAGCGUGCCGAUCCCGAUUGAGGAUGAUGAGGCAAGCGCAGGCUUGGGCAGACGUACCGUAUCCGCCUUUAGAGAGAGUCUAAUGAAGGCGUGGAAGCAUGAGCGGCUGCAGUCUGAGCCAAGCACUUUCCCAUCAGACAACAAGCAACCAGGCGUGCAGAUGAGCAAGUACAAGCAUUGGAUGGGGCUGUGUGCGGAAGGCGCGGCACCACUGACCAUGCAAGGGCACAGUAGAGCAUUUUAUACCAGUUGCGCACCACAAGGCCUUGAUGAGGUUCCGCCUAUGCUGCUGGCCGCUUUCUGCCAACCGCGCCUAUGGACGACCUAGGGAGGAGAGGAUUUGCCCGUUAUGUGUUGCAAAUGAAGUCGAAGAUGAGGAUCAUGUGCUCAUGCGGUGUACGGCCUACGACCAGUUGCGUUCGGGUAGCGAGAUUGAUUGUACAGGCGGGAUGCAGGCCGUUAUGCAGAAUACGGACCCAGCCAGGCCUAGGCGUAUCCGCAUGUCGCAUGUUGUGCUAGUGCGCGGGUGCCUGUCUGCCUGCCAUGUUUGUUGCCGCAUACCUUGCCGGCCUACGUCGCCGGGAGCAUCGUUGUCCGGUUGCGGUGCAUUGCCGGCCACUAGUGUGGCUUGGUGUGUUUGAGGUGUAUUGCCAGCCACUGGUGUGGCUCGGUCUGUUUGAGGAGUAUUGCCGGCCACUGGUGUGGCCCGGUAUGUUUGAGGAGUAUUGCCGGCCACUGGUGUGGCCCGGUAUGUUUGAGGAGUAUUGCCGGCCACUAAUGCAACAUAAACAUCGGGGUUUGGGGGGGUAGUCGUCGGUCGUUUCGGUUGAGGUAGCGGGGAAUUGUGACGAGACGAUUGGGACCAGGAUGGUUACACUGGGCAUAAGCCGACCGGGAGCUGAGUGCCGGUCAGGGUCAGGACAGGGCUUAUGCGUGCCUCUCGUACUGUAAGUUCCGAGGAGGAUAAACCCCAAACCUCAUCGCAGGUAUACGUAAUUAAUGGCCAGCUACAACAAUGUCACAAUUAGCAUACGGCUGGGGCAUAAGCGCGGUCUGUCAUAGUUUGCGAUGCCAGGAUGGCGCUGGAAUGGCUCGCGCGUUCGCCGAA